AUGGAGGUAACCAGCAAAGCCGCGCGGGAAGGAUCCCGCGCGGGCGGGGGAGGCGAGGCCUCCAGUCGGCGCAACGGUGGGGAAAGAGAGGGCCGCGGAUCGAUGAGCGGAACAAAGCGGGAGCGCGGCGGGGGCGCGUGGGGCGCGGAGAGCAGCGGUCCCGCCGGGCGCAGUGGAGCCGGCGGAGCGGGGGGAGCCGGGGGGAGUUCCGCGGGGGCGGGCGCGGAGAAGAAGGUGAAGGUGAUGCAGCGCGGGCACGGCAUUGCGCACCUGGAAAAGCUCCGCCUGCAGGAAUUGCGCAACGCGGAACUAGAGCGGUCGCAGCAGCAACAGCAACAACAACAGCAGCAGCUGCGACAGCUUCAGCAACAGGACCCCUCAAGCCUCCUAACCUCUUCCGCGGCCCUCCAAGCCCUAGGCCUCGGCGGACUCUUCCCCUUACCUCCCCCCGUCGCUUCCUCCUCUCUCGCGUCGCUCUCCGCCCCUCUGGGGCCGCUUUCUGACAACCUCGCGACAGCUGCGGCGGCGGCGGCGGCAGCGGCCGCCGCGUCCGAUCCGCUAUUAAGUAUCGCUGCUAGAAGGCAGCUAUCGCUACUUGCCGCGUCGCGAUCGUUAUCCAGCGAUUUCGCGGAUCGAAUGCGCGUGGGGGGAGAUCGAUCUGUGGUGGGCGGAGGAAGCGGGGCGGGCGGAAGCUUGGGCGGGCUGGGCGCAGCGCUUGGGGGCCUGAGCGGAACGACGGGGAGCAGUCCGGGCGGACACGAGCGGGUUCCGCUCGACGUGGUGAUGGCAGCUUCGGCAGGCGCAGCUUUGGGCAGAGAAGGAUUCCACAGGCUCGGCGGAGGCUUGGGCGGAGGUUUGGGCGGUGGCUUGUUUGGUGCGGGUGGAUUAGGGCUUGGCGGGGGGUUUGGCGGAGGGCUGGGGGCCGGCGCAGCGGGGACGCGGGGAGGGACCGCGAGCGAAGGAGGCGCGGGGUUCGGGAGUAUCUUUGGGGGGGGGUUGAGGGGGGCGGCGGUGGCGGCGGCCGCGGCAGCUGCGCACGCAGCGAGUACGGGAAGGGCCGGCACUGGCGGAGCGAUGCAGUCGCUUAGCGAGUUCGCCAUCCGGCGGCUUCAGAUCCUGGUGGAAUCAGCAGGCGGGGGAUCGAAUCUCGACGUUGGCGCGUUUGGCGGCGCAGGGGGGCCGGGGGGCGGGAGUGUGGCGAUCGGCGCGGGGUACAACUCGUGGGAGGUCGACAGCAGCUCGCGCACCCCAGGGUCCCGCGGAACAGCCCUGGACGCAGCGCUAGGCGCAGCGCCGGGGGGAGCGUCAGGGGGAACGCCAGGGGGAACGUUCGGGGGAACGUUAGGAUCGGCCGCAGGGGGGGGUCUUGCUGGGGCGGCUUCUUCCCGCGGGCUGUCUAAUCUCGCAUCAGGCGCGCGCGCAGGCGGGGGAAGCGCGGAGAUGAGCGCUGGCGGGGCCGUCGGAAGCGGAAUGGGCGCUGGGGGCGCGGCUAUAAGCGCUGGGGGAGGCGGUAGCCCGGGGGGAAGCUCGCUUUCCGCGCAUCUGCCCAGCGCCGUGCCUCUUUCCGCCACUGGCGCGGGGCUGGGGCCUUCUGGUUUGCGCCACAGCAGCUAUGGGGGGGAUGGGGGAACGGAGGGGUCACCCUUUGGGGGAGGCAGAGGCGGAGGCGGGGGCGGAGGGGGAGGCGGAGGGGGAGGGGGGGUGGGCGGCGGAAGGAAUCUUGAGGAGGAAAGCGGGAAAAAGGGUUUUUUGGGGGGAUUUGACCAGAGGCGGGGUAGUGGGGGGAAUGAUGCUAGUGGGGAGCGACUGGGGGCGGGAGAGGGCGGAAGGGGCGCAAUGUUUGGGCUAGGGGCGGGCAGGAGGGAGGAGGAGGAGAAGGUGGGCAGAGAAAGGGCUUUCCCAGUGCAUCACACACACCCGUUCAUGCAUAGCUCCCGAACCGCGCUUUCCCCAUUUCCUUCCCCAGCCUCCCCAUUCUCCCCUGCCUCUUUAGCCGAUUCUCUCCUUUUGAACCGUCUCAAGGCGGAGUCUCAUUUGAGAGACUUGGCAGCAAGAGAUUCGAAAGCGGCGGAUUCGGCUCGCAGAGACGUGAAGGCGGAUGAUUUGGGUCCAAGAGACGUGAAAACGGCGAGCAUGGAGGAACAGUUACAAGGUUUGAAAGCGGCUCAAGAAGCAAGAGCAUCGCAAGAGGCGAAAGCAGCACACCUGGCUUUUAGGCUGCAGUUAGAGGGGCGUCUGGGACCACAGGAGGCAGCACGGCAGCUGGAUGCGUUUUCUGAGGCGCCACAGCAAAGCCAAAACGUGUUUUCUGAGCCCAGAGGAACGGAUUUGGCGCCUUUUGAGGCUCCCAGAGGAACGGAUUUGUCGCUGAUUCUUGAGUCGGCGCGAAAAGCGGCGCAGGAGUCGAAAGCUGCGGACUUGGCUUUAAGGCUGCAGCUAGAGGGGAGGCUGGGACUGCAGGAGGCAGCACGGCAGCUGGAAGCGGCUAGGCUAGCCGCUGCUGGGGUUUUUGGGGGGGUGGGAGCAGGGGGGGAGGGGGGAGGGGGAAGCGCGGGGUCAGGCGCGGGGGGAGGGGGAUUGGAGGAAGCUGGAGCAGGAAUGGGAGCAGGUGUUGGGAAAGGGGGAGGAUUAGGGCUGGGGAUUGGAGGUGGGGAGAUGGGUGCAGGAGGGAGAGAGGGAGGUGGGUCCGUGCAGAAGGGGGAGAAGGAGAAUCACAUGUUUGGAACGGUUUUUGAGGCGCCUGAGAAGAAUAGGUCGUUUGAAGCUGCUUCAAAGGCUGGUGGUGCUGGUGGGGAUAUAUCAGGAGGGCGAGGUGGAGAGGGGUUUGGAAAGCAGGGGGAGGGAAGCAUGGGUCGGAAAGUGGCUGAGCAGGGAGAGUGGUUUGGAAAGCAGGGGGGGUCUAGACUGACGGAGGGUGGGGAGAAGAGACGGAAGGAGGAGGGGGUGGAUGAGGAAGAAGGGGGAUGGAAGGGACGUGAGGGUAUGGCAAAGAGGGGAAGGAGAGAGGAGGUGACAGAGGAGGUGAGGGGUGUGGGGGAUGAGGGGAGGAGGACGAGAGGAGUGGGAGGUGUGGGAGGGAUGGGGGAGGGGCAAGGGCAGGGGGUGCAGGAGGAGCGGAGGAUAGCUGGGAAGGGGAGAGCAGAGAAUGAAGAGAAGGGGAGAGCGGAGGAGACAGGGAGAACGGAGGUGAAAGGGAGAGAGGAGGAGAGGAUAGGUAAGGAGGGGAGAAGAGUUAAAGAGGAAAGGGAGGUGGAAGACUGGAGGACAGGCGGGGAGAGCCGAGCAGUGGAGGAGAAAAGGAGAGCAGCGGAUGGGGAGAGGGUAGUGAAAAAGGAGGGAGCAGUGGAGGAGGAGAGGGCAGUUGAAGAGGAGAGAGCGGUAAAGGACUUGAGAAGCAACAUGGUUAAGUGCUUGGGGGAGGAAGUGGCUCGACGGGUCUUUGCCGCCAUGCAGUCUCAGGAGGAGGAGUGCGGCAGGCAGAUUCGCGAGCUGCAUGAGUUACAUGAGAAGCAGCGGCAGCUCCUAUCUCAGCUACAGCCGGCAGUAUUAUCACACAUAGCGUUCAAACCGCCUGAGAGUUGGGCUGGGGCCACCUUCUCAUCAAUCCGUGCUUUCGUCCUACCUGGUCUGUUUGCCCCUUCCAUUCCCCCUCUUCCAUCCUCUUCCCCACUCUCUCUAUCCCUCGCGCCCUCCCUCCCUCCUUCCCUCCCUCCCUCCCUCCCUCCCUCCCUCCCUCCCUCCCUCCCUCCCUCCCUCCCUCCCUCCCUCCCUCCCUCCCUCCCUCCCUCCCUCCCUCCCUCCCUCCCUCCCUCCCUCCCUCCCUCCCUCCCUCCCUCCCUCCCUCCCACCCUCUCUCUUCCCCACCCUUCAACCCUCCUGCAAGCUGCGCCCGGACCACCUAUGCAUCCAACUGCCAACAGUGCUCCGACUCGCAGCAUUCAACCCGCCUGGAAGCGGGGCUCUGGCUGUCUGCAUGCAGCAGUGCUCUUGUCCGGACCUCCUAACCACCUUCAACCCGCCAGAGAGCUGGGCCCGGGCCGCCUAUGCCUGCAACGGUGCUCCGGACCUCCUAACCAGUCGCUCUCUCCCCGCCUCCCUUUCUCCUCUCUUAUCCUCUCAGCGUUCAACCCGCCUGAGAGCUGGGCUCGGGCCGCCUAUGCCUGCAACGGUGCUCCGGACCUCCUAACCAGUCGCUCUCUCCCCGCCUCCCUUUCUCCUCUCUUAUCCUCUCAGCGUUCAACCCGCCUGAGAGCUGGGCUCGGGCCGCCUAUGCCUGCAACGGGUAGAGGAGGCUUGGAUUUCGACCUGGAGUCCGAACCUGCUGCUGAGGCUCGGGCUGAUGAGGGUCGGUCAGGGUUUGAUCUGGAGGCUGUUCCAACGGCUGAGAUCGGCGAUGGAGCAGGCAGAGGAUCUGGACGGCAGGGGCUGGACUUGGGGCAGGAUCCGACGGUUGAGGUUGCUUCGGAGCGAGAUCUGCGGAUGGGAUCGCAAGCAAGUGGUUUGCACUGUUCCACAACCGAACCUGCCAGAGCAGAUAGGACGGGAACAGAGCUGGGCUCUGGUUCGGCUGUAUCCGAACCUGGUGACCCUAGGUGUGGUGGUAAGCUUGACCUGGAAGCUGGUUUGUCCAAAGCAGAUCCGCCCCAGUCGCUUCCUUUCUGUUCACUUUCAGAAGCAGGCGCCAAAGCAAAAGUGGAGGGUGUUGCAGCUGGGUCUGAAGACAGAUCGGAUCCAGAUGCUCCUGGAGUGCAAAGGGAACAAGAGGAGAAGGAGGAGAAAAGGGAGAGAGGAGAAGGGGAGGAGGAGCAGAAGGCGAGAGCGGAGGAGGGGGAGUGGGAGGAAGAGAAAAGGGAGGCAGAGGACGGUAUGAGAGAGAGGGGAGGAGGGGUGCGAGCAAAGGAAGGAGAGGAAAGAGGAGAAGGAAAAGAAGAAGAAGGGUUGCAGCAGCAGGAGAGGGAGGGAACGGACCGUGUUGGAGAGGAUAAGGGGAAAGGAAGGGAAGGGGAGCAAUGUGAGAAAGGGGAUGCAGGAAAGGGAGGGAAAAGGAGAGGCGAUGGGGGAGUUGAGGUUUCUGCAGAGGAGGAAGGGGUUACGGUGGCUCGUGUUGACAGGGAAAUGGUGGUUGAUGAUUGCAAUAGUGUGGAGAGAAAUACAAUGGGUGGUGUUAGGGGUAAAGGGGACAUGAAGGAAGGGGAGAACGAGUGGGUUGAGAGAGAGGAGGGGGCGAAAGGGGAGGGGGAGAAAGUGGGAGGGGAGAGAGCAGAAGAGAAAGAGGGAAGGGAGAAAGAGGAAGGGGAGGAAGCAGUGGGGAAGAAAGAGAAAGAGGAAGGAGACGCCGGAGGAGAGGAGGGAGGAGGAGAGAUAAAGGAAGGAGCUAAAGCAAAGAUCGAGAAAAAGGAGGAAGUAGAGGAGGGAGGAGUGAAGAUAGGAAAGGGUACCCAAGAUAAGGUUGAAAAUAUCAAUGAAUCGGAAGCAACGAGGCAGGAGGAAGUGAUACUGCUGAAGCGGGAGGUUGUAUUGGGAGACACAGAAUCAAGGCCGAGGGAAAAGGGAGGGAGAGACAAAGCUAUGUUGAGGGAAUCACGAGAAAUUAGCCUGUAUUUACCCGGCGAGGAGAAAGCGCAUACUGGGAGCAGGAAGGGGAAAUAA